UCUCUCCGGUUGUUCCGCAUUGCCGCCGCAUAAAACGCUGCUGUCAUGGCGUCGGCCCUCGGUCGUCUUCGCUGGCUUUCGGCGCUCACAAACGUCCUCGCCUCGCGGUUGGCUGUGACGCCGUGCCGGACAGCCGUGAGCACGUCCUCCGGGGCCAUUCUGCCCCAACCCAAGAAGACCCCCUUCGGCCUUUUGCGGAUUGCGGCGGUACUGGUGCCCUUCUUGUAUGUGGGGACUCGGAUCAGCAAGAACUUUGCUGCGCUCCUGGAGGAACACGACAUCUUUAUCCCCGAGGACGACGACGACGACUACUAGGGGCCGCCAUUCGCCAGACAACAGAUUGUUUUGUUUACAUCUACUGGGACAAAUGGGACCUGGUGAAGCCUUCCUUUGCCUCAUCUGUACUAAAGUUUGAUUGAUUGAUUGAGACUUUUAUUAGUAGGUUGCACAGUGAAGUACAUAUUCCGUACAAUUGACCACUAAAUGGUAACACCCGAAUAAGUUUUUCAACUUGUUUAAGUCGGGGUCCACUUAAAUUGAUUCAUGAUACAGAUAUAUACUAUCAUAUAUACCAUCAUCAUAAUACAGUCAUCACAUAAGAUAAUCACAUUGAAUUAUUUACAUUAUUUACAAUCAGGGGU